AUGGCAGUCUGGCAUCUUCUCUCAAUUUUAUUUAUCACCCAGGCGUCAUGUGCUGAAGAUCAAUAUUUACGGCGCGUCAAAGACAGCUGCCUUACACAAGGCGAGGCUUUAUCUUGUGUCAAAUAUAAAGCUUUGAAAAUAGCAAAGAAAACUCUAUUCGGGGAUAUGAACAAUAAUGAGACAAUAGUGGCCAAUGAGGUUAUAAGCUUUGUGCCUUUGACUGAUGUAAGUAACUUGAAUAUGACAGAAGAAGUGGACUUUCUUGACGGAAGAAGAAGUAUUAUUUCGGAGUGGACAGAAAUCGCCAAGUACUUUAUGAGUUUGAUAAGAGAGUUCUUUAAGAUGAAGGGAUUAAGGGUCAACUUGCCACCUGGAUCGCGGACUAUUGAGGAACCGGAUACUAGCGAUGACGGACGCGGUAAAAAGAAGAAGCUGGCGAUAAUGAUACCAUUUCUCAAUCUGAUGGCAACGUUGAAGACAAAGAUGCUGUUGAUUCCAAUUCUUCUCGGAGUUAUGCUGAUUAAGAAAUUGCUGUUGGUUGCUGCGUUGUUAUUGCCGAGUUUACUCAGCACGUUGAAGGCUUGCAAGCAACAUCAUCCAAUGACCCAUUACUCCUAUUUCGGCAGUGACUCGCAAGAUUACAACUCGGACUACUCUAACAGCUAUGCCUAUUCCGCUGGUGGAGGGUACGGCAAGGACUGGCCUUCAAAUAGAGCGUAUACAAUCUCAAAGCAUAGGCCCACCCCAGCUCCAGCGUAUUACACUGCUCCUGGGAACACACAAUAG